ACCAAAUUACAUUUCUGCGUGCUCGCUCAAACAUCACGUGCUUUAUCACCGUCUCAGGAAAUAUCAAAGCGAUAUUUAUUGAGUGAACCAACCCAACGUCGGAUUACACCACAAUACUUCAUGCUUUAUGAUCAGAAGUAACUCGCUUUUAUUUUUCUUCUCUCGAAGUUGGAGGGCCUCAUCUCUGAAAGAUUUAAUAAAAACCUCUUGGUUGUUUUUGCUCCACGCACAGCGAGAGAAUGUCAUCGGUAACGCAGCGGCAAUCGCCGAGUGUUGCUCGGUGUUUGUGGCGUGGAUCAUGGGCGCAGCUCGUGCUGCAAACCACGCUACUCGUCCUACUCCUGACCACGCAAUACAGCACGGCUAGACCCGCUCUUAUGGACUACCUACCGACGGACGAGUUGUCUCAAAGAUCGGCAGCUGAAACCAACUUUGAGGGGAUGGAUCUGCGAAGUCUGUGCGCCCGUACGCGCUCGGUGGAGGUGCGUGUGCUUUGUAAACUCACCACGCGGGGCGAUCGUUGGUCGGAAGUCGAAGGAAGGAAGAAAGUCGUUAAUAAAAGAUCUGACUCUUCGUCGUUGUCUGCGUUCCAGCGGUUACUCAGCCAACUCCGAACGGCUUCGGAGAGCCACUCAGAGGCGUUGCAGCAGCUUCAGCAACUACGAGACAUGGGCGUCAUUGACGAGAACAACCAGGUCAUCAGUAUACCCGCGGACUUGCGAGCGAAGAUGGAACAGCUGGGUUAAAACGUCACUUCAACGACUGCACGGGGAGACUACGAGCUUGACAUUUCUGUUGUUUCGUCAUCAAAAGGUUUCUUUAGGCCUACAUAGAGAAAACGCGCUUAAUGAAUGGACAGGAUCCUUUGUUUCAAAGGCCAAACAAGUGUUUUUCGAGUUGAAGGGUGCUCUGGAUGGUUUUGAAACAAGUAGCCAAUAGAUGUCUACCAUGGUAACGGUCGAUACUGCGCAUGUAUGACAUAGGUCAAAGCGCACGCGCAUAACGUGAUUGGUCCAAGUAUUCCCUCCGUCGGUAAAACCUGAAAUUACUUCACGGUAUAGAAAACGCUGGCCGUUAUCGGCCACCGUAUAUUUAACAACACUUUAAAGAUAUUUUCUUGUUAUUUAUUCUUAAUUUGUCAUUAUGACCAAGAAGACUUUAGGUAAAAGAAGUUUAUGCGAGGAUUAUUGAGGCCUAAAUAGCUGAUGACUCGCAAUGUAUGUAUAUAGUGCACUAAGUGUCGUUUCUGAGGAAACAAAAUUAAAACUUGCUCUAUAUUUUUCCGAAGCAGAAGUUAAUGUGUAUAUUUUCUUGCUUAUGUAUUGUGCUAAAGCUUUUCACCUUUUUCUGUAACCAGUCCUUUAAAUGACAAAUGGUCCGGUAAAAUACAGCAGCUUUAAUUAUUGUAGCGCUUGCUCGAUUUACACUGUGAAUGGUCGAGGUGUCGCAGCGUACAAAAAGCAUCUGUCAGUAUAAACUCCCUGAUAUCACUGUGUGAAGCAUUUGCACACGCAGUGGCAAAGUCGUGAAGUUCCUGUGACAAGAUAAAAAGACGAAGAAGAAGAAAAACGUUGUAUUUUAAUUUUAAUAUUACUGCCUUGGCCGACUAUACCUAUCCAACGUCAGAGUCAUGAAACGACAUUAUUAUUAAAUACCCGAUAUUCGGGGUAAAAUCAAGACAAAAAUGAACCACAGUAAAGACGGUUCAGCAAAUCAAGGAUUUAUCUACGUAGGUGUAAUAUGAAGGUUUUGGCCAAGAAUGCCACAAAUACAGAAGAUGCAAAUUCAAUAACGUUGUAACCAUAUUAUACCGCAACGUCACCGCGUUGUGUGCGCUUCUAUAAUGUACGACUGCUGAAGCCCCAUUUUUAAUUGAAGUGCUGUUUGUUCAAUACGACCUUGCACUAAUUUCGUCCGCCCCAUCGUGACAACAAAAAGCAAUUAACGCUAGCUAAGAUUAUCCCAACAACAAGAUCGCCAUUAAAUUGACAAAAUGUAUUCAUGUGUUUAUAAGGCAACUAGAACCUCUGGCAUCAAACAGUCGUUGUGUUGUUAGCAUUAUUAUUUGUAUUAUUAUGAAUAUUGUAAAUACAUUAAAUCCAAAAUCUGAUAUAUUAUAUUAUAAUAUAUGUUUGUUUUAUCUGCAGGAGCUGUAUAAAUUAUUGUUGUUGUUAUCAUAUGGACUGAUAUGAUCGGUUAUAUUUUAUUUAUCUGCAACUUCUCUUGUAUUUCUGCUGCUGCUUUUUUUGGCCAGAUUUACGUUUCUGGCAUCUUCUAGUCUAUGUAUUUCGCUUUAAACUCUAUUAUUAUUGCUGUUUCACAUCUUUAAUCAACCAUUCCAAACUCAGUACCGAUGAACCUCAACUCGAAUUUGUUUUCGAGACUUUGCCGUCAUUAUGUUUAGCUUAUGUUUUUUUUUUUGGCAGUUUCUUUUAUAUUAUGCCUUUAUCAGUAACAUGUUCGCUAGAUUUACACAGAAUUUAAACGUCAUUUAUGUCAAUGUAAAUCGCCACGUGUUGAUGUUUUAGUGAGAAUUUAACAGAAACAAACAAUUGCUAUUGGAAGACUCACAUUGUGGACAUCUUGGUCACAUCCCCAGACUGCGCGUAAGAUUUCUCGAUGGAUACUAAAUGGAUAGACAAAAGCACUGCCGAAGAUACCAGACUAAAAUUGAAACUGGUAUUAAGCGUCUUAUUGCGAUAUUGUUUAUGGGGUGCGUGGGAACCAGGAUGACCACUGUGUGAAGAUUGUAGCAAGCAAUGUACACGCUUUUGCUCUUUACUUUUAAAGAUGUAGACUGACAAGAUUGAAUUUAAUUCAACGACACUUGACUUAAUGUCCAGCAGUACAGUACUUAUUGUGCUUUUGCAGCAGUGUUUGCCACGCAAAAAAAGAUAGAAACCUGUAAAAUGUCUGCCAAUUAUUGACAAAACCUGUUGUAGUUGUAUGAACAUAAUUUAGUCUGUAAUGUAGACUGACCAAUUUUACGUGACGAUAUUAAGUGUUAUCGAUAACACAUUUUUGACGCCAAAAUUGUGGGUUAGCGGGAAAGUUUCGUCUGAUAUUUUUCACGGAUAUUUAAGAUCUGAAGUGCGACGUCCCGUGUCAUGAGCAGCCCUACAGGCGGGGUAAACCUAGGAUUUGCUGUCAGCAGAGGGUUGAUAGACAGGGAAAUAGGCACCCCAGAGAUUUGAGAGUUUUUGUCUUGAUGAACUCGGAAUAAUCCAAAAACAGUGGGGAAAACAGCUAAGUCUAUUUGCAAACGAGUCGCAUUGUAGAAACCUUAUCCCUUAAUGGAAUUACAUUUGUAACGAAUAUCGAGCGAGGCUGCUGGCAGGAUGGUCACUGAUGAUGUCACGUAGAGUUUCCGCUGAUGGGUAGAAACGAGAGAGAGAGAGAAAAAAAAGCGCGCCAAAUCGACCCAAAUGGCGCGAAAACUAAAACCAGUGUGUUGAUGAUGUGUGGCGUGUAUGCAUGGAGGUGUUCCUUACGGAAUCAAGUCUAGGUGUUUGUGACUGUAAACAGUCUUCUUCGUUUAAGGGUUUUUCCUGUAGGGAGGCGGGACUGGCUAACGCGUUUAACUGCUCCUAAUUACAUUAAUUUCGACACGUCGGUGCUAUCCGAUCCGGCAGUAGCCUUUCCGGUCAAGUCUAGCGGGCUGUGCACUUUCACCAACUUGCCGGAUUGAUCCGAGGUUUUCAGGAACAAUCUUCCUCGCAAAUUGUCGCUCUUAAAAAGUGCAUCUCUGCCAAUGAUACGCAGUCAAAUUCUUCAAUUGUCUCUCUGGUUUCACUCUAUUUGCAUCGGAUUUUGCCGCGAAAUAUUCCCUGACAUGACAACAGUUAAAACGGCGCGCCUAUUUGUAUAGUAAUUCUGCCUCUUUUUUUCCCUUUUCGGCUCUGGGAAAAAAAUGACAACGUGUUUGAUGUCCUGUCCGUAAAUUUGCAGAAAGUGUUAAGCUUGCAUUGCCGCUAGGCAAGCCAUUACGUGGAUUUGAAGAGUUGAAUGUUAGAAAGUAAAUGAUUCGAUUUGCUACAGCUUCGCUUCCGUACAGUAAAUCGUAAGAUAGGCUUUCCCAAUACAAGUCGCAGAUAGUGUCGUUGUGACUACGCGGUUGUAGUCUGCGAUGAUGUCUGUACCGAUCUGCGAUGUCGUUACGAUUGUAUAGAAGCGAGGCUGAAGGCUUGUGAUGCAAACAUUUAAGAUUGUAUGUAAACGUACAUUUAAAAGACACAACAAGGCGAAAUGUUGACAUUGCAUUUUGUGCUGAUGACGAUAUAGUGAUAUUGGUAGAAUAAUUAAAACCACUAAGCAUCUGAAAUAAUUUGAA